AAUUUGAUCGUCUUCCUUAUCUAUAUCUCCGGGAGAUGCGCAGCCGAGUCGAACAACAGAGAGAGCUCGGCAGCAAUGGCGUCCUCAGCAGUUUCGUCCACUCUAUUUUGUUCUCCAAUUUGCUGCAAAUUACUGUCGAAAUCCCACUCUUCACCGUCUCUGGCAUUAUGUGGGCGGUUCCCGGCCAAUGCGACGGCGAUUUUCACACGUGGGAGAGGGAGCGAGAGCGCGCCGACGGUGAAGGCGCAAACUUUUGAUUUCUCCGGCUCGUUUUAUCAAGGUGGAGGAAUGGGUUCCGACGAAGAACCACCGUCAUCGUCGGGAGGCACCGCGACGGCGGUGGAGGAGAAAGAGGCCCCUCCCUGCCCACCUGGGCUACGCCAGUACGAGACCAUGGCGGUCCUGAGGCCGGAUAUGUCCGAAGAUGACCGGCUUACUCUUACCCAAAAGUACGAGGAGUUGCUAGUUGCUGGGGGUGGGAUGUAUGUGGAGGUAUUCAACAGAGGGGUGAUUCCACUAGCCUACAGCAUCAGGAAGAAGAACAAAGCCGGGGAGACCAACACUUACUUGGAUGGCAUCUACCUCCUCUUCACUUACUUCACAAAACCGGAUUCCAUGACUGCUCUUGAAUCGAUAUUACAGGCCGAUGAUGAUGUGAUCCGAUCGAGCAGUUUCAAAUUCAGGAAGAGAAGGUACUAAGAGAUUUAUACUGUAUCCAGUUUCAUUCCCUCGCGCUCGCGGCACACUCUAUAAAGAAGUUGGGACUAUGAGAGCAAGGGAUGCAGUUGCAGUCUAGUGAUCUCGCACUUUGUAUUCCUUCAAAUUUGAUUUGAUUUUUCUGUCAUGUAAGCAAUCCAAUCAACGACUUCUGAAACAUCAUCUGGUACUUCGAGUCGAUGACCCUAACGUUGUUGGUGUGGAUGGAUGUGAUCUAUGUACAAAUUUCAGAACCCUAUUAUUGUUACUCCUUUGGCUUGUGCCACCCCAAAUAUGCAGUCAGAAAAGGAACUUCAGCCAGUGAAAGCAAGGAACUGCUCUUAGCUGGUCCUGUUACUUUGGUUUCUGCACAGGCUGGUGGAGAGGAAUCUGGUUCUAGAUCAAGGCAAUAAGCAGGGUUGAUAUUCUACACUCCAUUGUUAAUGCAUCUAAUUUCAGUCAGUUUAUGGAUAAGCAUGCAUAUAUGAUCUUUGCUUGAAUAGAACUAAAGCUAUCAUUUCUAAAUCAUACUUUUCGCCAACAGAGAAAGCAAAGGGCAACAAAGUUUGGACCUGUUUAUCUAGUAUGUAAAGGCGAUGGCUUUAGUCAUGAAACAAUCAUUUCCCAGGCCAAUAAACAGAAGGGCAUAAAGGAAAGAAGCAAGUAGAAGGCAGAAUAUAUCUCUAUACAACAGAGCAGCCACUCAGAGGUAAGGGGACUUUACAAAGGGACGAUGGUGGUAGCUGCACUUUUGGGACUAAAAAGUUUGUUUUUAAGAUUAGAAGGGAAAAGGGAAGAGCUGAUUCCAAAUCGUAACAGAAGCAGACAUAUAGUGGAAACUGCUUGAGAUCUUAUCUCAUAGAAAUGACAUGCCCACUUUGUGAGAGUGUGGUUGGAACUUGGAAGGGAAGGGAGGCUGUCUUUCCUGAUCCACCCACUAACACAAGUGAGAUUUUCCCCCCUAGUGAAAUUGAAAGGUGACAUCCCCCAACAGCAACAUUCAAACUUGUUUCCAGAAAAGAAAGAUGCUACUUUCUCCCAUCAAGUAGGCUCAUAUAAGCAUGAUAAAUAUAUUAAAGUUUGAGUGAGGUAUAGAUUCACGUGUCGGUUCGGUUAACACUCUGCAUUAAAUUUAUUGUGGACAACACAGUCAAUUAUAAUUUUUGUUUAUCAAACGAUCAACGAUCAAAUGCUCUAUUUACCUUCUCGAUACGACAAUACCCAUAAUUUAUUAUAAUUGUAUAGACCGAAAAGUAAAAUGAUAGUCUCUAAACUAUUAACAACAAACAUGGCAAGUUCACUUCUUAAAAAAAAUUAAGAAAUUAUUAGCUACACCAGAAGUAUCACUUUGAAAAAGCAUUUAGAACCCACCACGUGUCCAUCCAUUUAUCACUAAGUAAACAAAAGCAUGAUAAAAAAUGACUAAAAACACCAAUCAAUAGAUUGGUGUAUGGUUUAAACCGAAAAACAUUAUUGUUUAUUUGUGUUUAGACUUUUGAUUGAUUAAUAAUGAAAUUGAUGGAUAUCCAAGUUUGUGGAACUUCAAUUUAGCAUCUGUUGUGAUCGUGUCGUCCAAAAUUGAAAUGCGUCAGUAAGCCUUUUAACAUAACAUAAACUCAAUUUCUAAUCUUUAGAAUAAUUUAAAAAGAUUAAGCGUGUGAUGCUUAUUUGUUGAGUACACACCUUAAGGAAAGACAAUACAGGACGAGCAUGCAAAUGCUACUAGCUAGUGGAUCCACUUGCUCAUUUUCUGGUGUUUAUGUAAUGAUUAAAAGGGGUAUUAAGAAGUGAAAAUGAAAAAAAAAAAAAAACUGUUCAGUAAAGCACUAACUCAACUCGUUGUUGUUUUGGCAAAGCCAAAUUCAUUAUGGAAAUCGUUCCUUUGCUUUCAAUGAACUGAAUGAAGCAUA